AUGGUGAAAUUUAUUGAGAACAAUACUUUAAAAUCUGUAGGCGGGAGAUUCAAAACAAAUUCCGCGUGCAGGCUGGAGUACACGGAGCGCUUCAUCAAGGAGGCCCUGCGCCUGUUCCCGCCCGUGCCUCUGACGGGCCGCCAGGUGCACCGCGACACGACGCUGGCCUCGUACCGGCUGCCCGCCGGCACCACGCUGCUGCUCAACGUGUUCGGCGCGCACCGCGACCCGCUCCACUGGCCCGACCCGCUGCUCUUCGACCCGGACCGCUUCCUCCCGGAGCGCGUGCGCGGCCGCCACCCCUGCGCCUACGUGCCCUUCAGCAGCGGCGCCCGCAACUGCAUCGGCUCGAGGUACGCCAUGAUGAACCUCAAGGCGUUCCUGGCGACCGUGCUGCGGGCGCUGCGCGUGGACCGCGCCGACGACCCCUACACCGACAUCCACCAGCUGCCGCUCACCGCCGACCUCAGCCUCCGCAUCGUGGGCGGGCCGAGGGUCGUGUUUGCGCGCAGGGCGGAGGAGGCCAUGUGAAUCCGAAGUGGGAAAGAAACAAACAAAAACAAGGGUUGAAAGCCCUGGAAAAUUUCUGAAAAAUUUCUAGAGAAAAUUUCUGGAAAAUUUCUGGAGAAAAUUUCUGGAAAAGGCGGAAAAUUUCCGGGGAAAAAAUGAAAAACCUUUCCAGAUUUAGGAAAGUUUUCCGUUAUUUUCCGUAUAUUUUCAGAAAGUUCAGAAAUUUUCCGGAAAAUUUGGGAAAUUUCCAACCCUAACAAAAACAGACGAUACUUCCGUCCCGCGGCCGUGUGGAAGUGUCGCAACCCAACAUGAUUACUUUUGUUUUGGAGGAGGGUGUCCUCCACAACGAAUGUUUGACAGGGGGACGUUAGCGCCUGCAACGCGCCGGGUAGGCAAACCCGCCAGGCAGCUGUGCGCAGACGGCGGCCCGCCUAGAGCGCCCUAACGCUCCCUCACUUUGUGCGGCCACAUCUGACGGUCCGAAUGGUCUGCUUUGGCCCGACCAGUCAGAGGGGACGACACGGAAAGACAAAAAUCAGUAAAAGUGUUUGGGGUUUGGUCGUGUUCGCUUUCCGUUUCACCUCCGGUCUGUCACUGCCGGUAGCAGUGUGUGGUGUGCGGCAGCUAAGAACGCAACUUUAGCCAGUGACUUUGCCCGCACAAACCCUGCAGCCUCACGGAGCAGAAAACUGAUUUUACAUUGUGUGUCUUUUAAUAAAAACACGAUUUCAAAACUGAAGUCUGCGCCAACUCUU